AUGUCAGAAUUUAACCCCGGCGAAUUUAUGGUGGAACCAACCAUAGAAAAUUUUAAUAGCCUGCGUAAAGAUAACCUAGUUACGCUAGCCAAGCAUUUAGGGCUAGAAGUAAGAAGUACCUUCAGAAAACGCGAAGUAUACGAUUUAAUCAAGGAACAUUUUGUUAAAGAAAAAACAUUCGAACAGUCUGUUUUCAUGGAACAAAGUAUAAAUACAGUAGAAAAUACACAGAUUAGUGAAGAUAGUGAAAUAAGCGAGAAAGACAGACAGUGGCAGAGAGAGCAUGAGAAAGUUUUGUGGGAAAGAGAACGAGAGAAACGCGAGUGGGAAAGAGAAAGAAUAGAGAAAGAAAGAGAGUUUAGAUUGAGGGAACAGGAAUUAGAAAGAAUAGAGAAAGAAAGAGAGUUUAGAUUGAGGGAACAGGAAUUAGAGUUAAGAAAAUUGGAAUUAGAGGUUCAGGCAAAAGGGCAAAAUCUUAGAGUUAAUUCGGAUCAAAAAUUUGACGUGACCAAGCAUGUCCGAAUGGUUCCACCCUUCCAGGAACGGGAAGUAGACCAAUAUUUCCUACAUUUCGAAAAAAUUGCCACAAAUUGUGAGUGGCCAAAAGACAGCUGGACGAUGCUGUUACAAAGUGUAUUAGUUGGUAAAGCUCGUGAAAUUUUUUCGCAACUUUCAGUAGAAUUAUCAGCUAAUUAUAAUACGGUAAAGGAACUUAUCCUUAAUGGUCCCAGAGGCAUACCGCCAAAAAUUUCGAAACUUUGAAAAAACUGACCACAAAACAUAUGUCCAAUUCGCCCAAGUAAAAGAACAGUUGUUUGACCGAUGGUGCUUAUCUGAGAAAAUCAAUAAAGAAUACAAAAAUUUGCGGGAACUGAUUUUAAUUGAGGAAUUCAAACGUUGCAUUAACCCCGAAGUCCGCACAUUUAUAAAUGAACAAAAACCUGACAGUUUCAUUGCAGCGGCCCGUUUGGCAGACGAUUUCGCGUUGACUCACAAGACCACAUUUGAAAAGAAGUCACAACCAAAUAAUUUUGACAACAGACACACACCGGCCAGAAAAUAUCCGCACGAUAACCGGGGAAAAUAUGACCCCAGAGCAUCACGCGACACGACUAAUCCAAGUUGGCGACGACCGCCACAAAAUUUCCAGCCGAAUAAAACGUCGGAAUUUCCGAACAAACGAAAUAAUUUUCCUUUCAGUACCAUCACUUGUGGCUAUUGUAAGCGUAAAGGACACACGAUGUCAGAUUGCUACAGAAAUCCACAAAAUCAAACAAAACCAACCGGCAUUGUUUCAACACCGGAUAACAACACAACAUCUGUUUUUGAUAGUAAUAAUGCUAGUGAUACUCAAGAGGAUUUGAUAGAGGUCAAAGCCAAUGCUGACCCUAUAAUGAAAGUAUUUGAACCAUUUGUAAAUGCGGCUAGUGUUUCACUUUUGAACAAUCCAACACAACGUAUUCCAGUUCAAGUAUUACGCGAUACUGGAGCGUCUCAAUCUUUAAUACUGACAAACACAUUGCCAUUUUCUGCGGAAUCAUAUUCCGGAAACAAUGUUUUGAUAAAAGGAGUUCACUCCAGCGAUUAUAGCUCAGUUCCUUUGCACAACAUUCGACUGCACUCAGAUUUAGUCUCCGGAGAUGUUUCGAUAGGUAUCAUCGAUACAUUGCCUUUCAAUGGAAUACAAUUGUUAUUAGGCAACGAUCUUGCGGGUGAAAAAGUGACAGUCAAUCCAAUAGUGACAAACAAACCAUGCUCAACAUCAAUUUCCGACGUCAUUGAACAAGAAAUUCCAAAUUUAUAUCCAUCGUGUGCGGUCACAAGAGCAAUGGUAAAACAACAAGAAUUAGAGGAUAAUAAAAGAGAUGACCUUGAUUCAUCCUAUGAUUUGUCCGAUACUUUUCUUACACAGUUAUUUGAUAGUGGCCCUAAAACAACACAGAUUACGAAAAACGAUGCGAUAGACACAAAAAGCUUGUCAACAUCUAAUCUCAUUCACGAGCGAAAUAAUGAUCCCGAAAUAGCUAUUCUAAUUCAACAAGCUUUCGAUGAAAAAGAAAUUUCAGACCAGGCAAUGGGAUACUUUAUCAAAAACGAUAUUUUAAUGCGGAAAUGGCGACCACCUGAUGUUAGUGUUGAUGAUGAAUGGUCAGUUCGAUACCAAAUUGUUAUCCCAAAACCUUACCGUGAAGAAGUCUUACGUUUAGCACACGAAACACCCCUUUCAGGACAUCUGGGAAUAAACAAAACCUAUGAGAAAAUCAUACGACAUUUUUAUUGGCCUGGAGUUCGAAAAACCGUGGCAGAAUUCUGUAAAACAUGCCACACUUGUCAAGUAGUCGGCAAACCAAAUCAAGUUAUCCCAAAAGCACCGCUAAAACCAAUUCCGGCUUUUGAAGAACCAUUUAUUUAG